AUCGUCGUGCGCAUAUCCGCAACAUCAGAAGUCUGGUCAUGUGAUUUAAAGGUCCGCGCGCUUUUGUGUGUUUACAUUUUGCUCCUAGAUAGGGAAGUUACUUCCGGGUUGUCAACAACAUAACAUCGAUCGUACGUGUAAUCAGUUGCGAGUCGACGCGAUGUACAUUUCAACGAUCACCAAAAUACUCUCAACAAAUGAUCUCAACGUGACCGUAGAUGAUAAUCUAUCAUGAGACUGUUCUACCAUUUAAUGAGCUAAUUCGAGACACAAAGCCAAUAGGAGAAAGAGGAUUAUCUUCCAACUGAAACUUGAAAGUACGUCGCGUCAUUCGUAAAUGGACUUUGUGUUGUGAUGUGGUGCCGCGUCGCAGGGUCAUUUCACAUAAAUUGUUAAGGCCACGUAAGCCUUUAUUUGGAGAGGGUGUCGAGCUCGCGCGCAGCUCAGCUAGAUGCAUUGAAUCUGGGAGUUGGGAUUGGAAUCGAGAAGAAGGGGCGUCGUCGGGGAGAACUGAAACAAGAGAUUUUAAUCAUUACCGGUAAUUGAUCUGACAACUACAUGUAUAUUUCCUGAAACCUGAUAAUGAUACAAGUGCAAACUAUGCACAUAUUGCCAUGGGGAAUGUGAGAGAUGCAAUUUGAUUGAAUAAUCUUGAUCAAAUCAAGGAGUUUGAAGACUAAAAGAGAUUCUGCCCUGAAAAUCACUUUCAUCUAGUUCAAAUAUGAAGAUGUUCAUGAAGAAGAUAGUGUUUUUGUUGGUGUAUGCCACGCUUCUAUUCCUGCUGGCUCGGAUGUUGGAGUAUAUUCCUUGGUAUCAGACGGGUUUGCUGAUGAUGAAGUUGAUCGAUCCAGUCUCGCUGAGCGUCAAGAAGUUAAAGAGUCUUCUAGAUGGGCGAGGGCUGAGCUACGAAGGGGUGAUCGAUAAAGCAGAACUGACGCAACUUGUGGAGGAAUCUGGGCAUGUGAUGGAAGGCGAGGUCCUGAUGAUGGAACAGGAUGCUUCGGAGAGGGAGGAGGAGGAGGAACCCACCACAACGACCUUCAGCAGCCACGCCCAGUUUUCAGAGGAGGUGGAGGACAAGAAAGAUAGUAUUUGGCUUGUGCAGGUUAUUCCAAGGAACUUUGGACCACUACUUGGAAAGAGAGCCUGGUCAACUGUGGUGAAAAAGUUAUCUAGAUUUGGCAUACGACAUGGAACUUUCGACUGCUCUAUCGAACCAAGCAUCUGUCCUCGGAAGAAUUGGAACCUGCCUCUCUUACUCCUGGCCAUGCCCCAAGGUCACAGGCACAAAGGUCAAGUUACCAUGGCAAAAUUUACAUCGGAAGGCAAAGCCCAGCAGAUCAUCAACUGGGUCUACUUGGAGCUAGCCAAGAAAGUCAAUACUGAAAGGGGAUUUGGACAAGAGUACGACUGGGAUAAACUGGAGUCUAAUCGUGACGUUGCAGUGAAAGUUGUUCUUUUCUCCAGGAACCAGGAACCACCGGUAUUCUUUUCUGCCCUCAAUUUGAAGUAUUCGGGCCGUGUAAAGUUUGUUUUUGUCAGUGACUCCAAGACAUUUUAUGUCCUCGACAACCGUGCUCAGAAAUACUGGCUCCCAUCCUAUAUCAUUGUCACACCAGAAGGAAAGAAAGUUUAUGGCGAAAACAAUGGCGAGUAUUGCACGUAUAGCGCCCUCGAUUUAUACCUUCAAAUUCUCUCACCAGAGGCAAAUGAUAUCUUUGUUCUAACCUUUAUCAAUGUGAAUGCUAUUUGUUUCAUGGGUUUAUUUCUCAUCCAAGGAGGCAUAGCCAAAAGGAUAUGCGGGUUUCUGUGGACAAUUGGCAAAUACAACAUCACUCUCAUAUUGCUGUGGUUACCGUUGCUAGGGAUCAUCCAACUGCCUUUCUUGGCAUCGGUCCAAGAUUAUUCAUAUAAAAUGCUGAGACUGUCCUCCCAAACAUGGCUGAUAGGAAAACUUCGGCAAGACUGGAUGAUGUAUUCCGGACAUUCUUAUAUCAUCAUCGGAUCCUUUCUUCUCUACUGCGUCGCCGUGAACUGGGUCGCCAAAAAGAUACAGGCUCCAACAAAUGAAGACAGCAUGACGAGUGCUAUGUGGUUGCGUGCUUCGCUGGUGGACUUCCGUAGUCUUCUCCUCCGGCCCUCACCUUCUUUCCGAAACGGUCUCCCCCGCAAUGGACACACGGAAGAAGGGCUGGACCUGUUGAUUGAUCAGAUGGGCGUACCAGACCUAUGGUUGCAUCCAUUAAUACGGGACGACUACAUCAAGGAUCUACUGACUUGGCGAUACAGCUGCCAGUGGCUUCAGAAUCCCUCAUCCAGUAACGACUCCUCCGAUUCCGAAAAGGGUUUUAUGAUGUGUAGGCAUCAUACAAAGAAAUGUAGGGAGGUUCACCAGCGUUUAUUUAACUGUAGUCAAGAAUGCAGAAGUGAUUAUGACCUUUGCCCUGAGUCAGAAAGAAUGAAAAGAAAAAAUUUCUGCAAAAAUAGAGGUGAUAGUGAAGAUAAUUUCUUUGUUGUUGAGCCCCAAGAAAAACCAUGUUGCACACAGCCAGAAUCUAUAACCCGAUCUGAUUCUGAACACGAAAAAUGUAUUUUCCAGGGAUCAACACCUAAAUUUCAAAAGGAAGAUGGUGUAAAUAGGUCAGAAGCAGAGUUAGAGGGGGCAGGUUCUGAUCUUGUAGAAAGAGCAAUGAAGAAAGCUGAAUCAAAAUUUUCCCAUGAGGUAUGUACUUGUCAGGAAAAGCUAGAAUGUCCACAGGCUGAAAAAGAAACAGAAACAGAAAUAGAAACCCCUGAUGCUAGUGCAAAAUCACUAGAAAGCAAAGAUAGGGAGAACGUCAACUGCAUUGUAGCUUCGAGAAGGCACUCCCCAAAAAAUUGCACGAAAGACGCGAAACCCAAAACUAGUUCCAGGAUAAAAUCCAGGUCUCCGCACACCGAUUCCUGGCCGGAGGGUAUACUGUACGAUGCACAGUGUGCCAUCUGCAUAGAAGCCUAUACAAAUGGUGCUGAGUUGUGUGGACUGCCAUGUGGCCAUGCGUACCAUCAGCAGUGCAUUGUUGCCUGGCUGAACAACGGCAACCAUGUUUGCCCCAUAUGCAGGUGGCCAGCUUACAAGAAGAAAGGCUCCAAAUUGUCCAAGCAUAUGGAAUAAAAAAUUGUUCAUGCGAGCAUCCAGUAGCUUCUCCUUAAUAUUGUUCAUUCUGUUGCUAGCCAUUAUGGUGUCAACUCGUAUAAUAUCCUAGUGUUAAUGCCAGUCUGGAUUGCAGCAGACAUUACAGUGCGUCCCAGAAAAAAAUGAACCGAGAAUCAUCUAUGUUUUAUCAUUUAUCUUAAUGGCAAUUAUAAUUAAUAAAUGACACAUAUCUGUAAAGCUUGGAUUCUCCUCUUUCAUUUGAUGCAUAUUU